UUUUUUCUCAAAUUUCACUCAUCAAACAACCUCAGCAAGGUUUUCCCCUUCACCUAAGCAACCUCCAGGAUGCAGAGAGGUACUAUAAUGUGUUUGUAUAUGCAUACAGAUCAUCCUUGUCUUUUUUGUCUCACCUUUUCUCACCUCAUCUAAUAAUAUCUAAUACCCUGAAUAAACGCCACUAUUUCUACAUGCCUGCUUUUCUUUGUUCUCUGGUUCCUUCUACUUGAUUAUUAAUCCAGGAAAAUUGCUACUACUGUAAUACAUCAUAAUCAACAAAAAUAUGGCAACUUGUGAGAGGCCCCCAGCAAUGAGCAAAUGGCCGCGGUCUUGGAAUACCUCAGCCAAGAAGACUAGUGCAUCAUUGCCAAAGAGUAAUAAUCCAGUGAAGGUUUUAGAUACCAAACCAGAACAAGAAGAUGAUCUGCUGGAAGACAAGUGUUCCAUUGAGUUGGAGAAGCUUGGGUUUCUUUUAGGAAAGACUAUUGGGAAAGGGUCUUAUUCUGUUGUCAAACUGGUGGAGAAGGUUGACAUGAGAACUAGGGCCAUCCAUGGGAGAUAUGCUUGCAAGAUCAUAGACACUGCCAAGGCAUCACAGUCCUAUGCAACAAAGUUUCUCCCAAGAGAACUGGCCAUAAGCAAGUCCAUCAACCACCAAAACCUUGUCAGAGCCAGACAAGUUGUGGACUUGGGUGAAAUGGUGUUUGUUUUCAUGGACUAUUGCCCUCAGGGAGAUUUACUU